AUGGCAUCGCUCAGGCUUGCAAGAUCUGCUUUGCAGGAUCUCACUGCCGCGGAGGGGUCUUCAGCCCAGUUGCAAGCCUUGAAAAGAAUCAAAUAUGACCUCACUGGGCAUGUCUCGCGCAAGGUCGAAUACAUCCAGAACGGCCUCCUCCCCCAGCUCGCAAAGAUUCUGGCCGAUGUUGCCACUCAGCAAACUGGCCUGGCUGCAGGCGACGCUCAUCUCGAACACGAGGAGUUGUUGACCACCCAGGCUGCCCAGAUCCUUUGUGUCAUUGCCCACGAGGGACCCUCCUUUGUACAACCGCUACUUGAAACUGAUGUCUUGCAAAGACUGGUGUCUUUUCUUCUCCGACAGCUCUCUCCCAGAACCCGCCUAGCCAUCCUCAAGUGUCUCAACGCCGUCGCCGAUAAUCUCCCUUCCGCGACUCCGGGCAGUUGGCCGCAAAGUUCAAAACUCGCCGAUCUCCUGUACUCAAAGAAAUACAUACAAUGCUUUGGAAACAUAAUCGGAAGUGCGAAUGCAACCCUGGCGUCACAACAGGCUUGUGAUUCUGUCUUGGCUCUUUUAUGCAAAACCGUGACGCACGAGGCUCAGAAACGUGCAUUGAGCGAGACGGGGGUCUUGACGUUACUUUCGACCCGGUUGGCAUCAUUUGUGGUCGCUGAAGGGCUCGUGCCUCCCGGCCUAGAGGCUUUUUUCGACGGCGAUGGUAGUAUCCCAACUGCUCUUCCGGAGCCAGCCCCGCCGUGUGCCCACCUUUCCCCAGUUCUAGAGGCGCUAUGCGUGUUGGUAGAGGGCUCCAAAUCACGGACGAGGGCAUUCUUAACAGAUCCUACUAUCAAGGCUGUACUCCCUGACCUUAAAGACGACUUCUCACCGUCGGAUAUCCGAAGGGCGCCGUGGGGAGCCAACUAUCUUUCAGGCGCUGCAGUCCCGCGCUCACGGCUGCAUGGGCCUUUCGACUCUCUUCUCCCAAUCGCACCAAUAUCCGAAAAGGCCAAUGCUGCCCAGCCAGGCUUUCCUCCACUUAGCUCAGUCACGGCUAUGCCCAAGCGCCGACCAUCCUUUCUCCCAACAGCGACCGGAGUUCCAAACCUGAGCUUGAAUAAUCAAGACGCUGCAGAGGAUGUUGAAGAGAGCGCCAUCAUUUCGUGGCUAUUAUACAUCGUCCGGGACUCGCGUGGAAGACGCCGUCUUCUGGCGGCAAGAUUACUGGUCAACCUUCACAGCCUGCAUUUCGUCAAAAAGGAUCGCGGAUCGUCCUUUUCGUCCUUGUUGGUACCGCUCUUGACGCGGAUGCUGGAUCCAGAUCUAGCGCAAAUCGACGCAUCAUAUCAGCCCAACGGGACGUAUCUUUGUUCUGGCAUGCAUUACGCGCGGGCCGUCCCCGCAGUACUAGCUGCGCUUAUAAUGGACGAUCGCGAGAUGCAGAAAGUGGCUGUCGAGGGCAAGGCCAUUGUCAAUCUGUCAAUCGGUUUGAAAAUGACCUUUGAAGCGCCUUCGGGUCGCAAGUCAUCGCCCUGGCGUCCACACAAAUCGGACAAGAUGGAGACCGACUCAAUAACGCUCGGUACAAGCAUCGGUCCCGGGGGGCCAACCUGGACAGCCAGGAGGGAAAUGCAAUAUCGAGAAGGUUGUUUGCAAGCACUAGCAGCUAUUGCUCCAUUUGAGGAGGACUACCGCGAGCAAAUUUGCAACGAGAGUGUCUUGCCAUACAUCAUUCAGGCUUUGGAGCCUUGUGGGACUCAAGAUGACUCGAAACAGGAAAUUGAGAUGGCGGGAAAUUCAGCUUCCGUAAUAUUGGCCGCAUGCGCAGCUGUAAGAGCAGUAGGAAGGUCUGUUCGGGCGCUGCGCACGAAGCUCAUCGAGGCGGAGGUUGCCAAACCGAUCCUCAAGCUGAUGAAUUCGACGAAUCCAGAGCUGAGAAUCGCGGCCACGAAGGUUCUCACCAACUUGGCCAUGGACUUCAGCGCAGUCAAAGAGAGCGUGGGCGAAUCGACGGUAGUCAAGAAGUUGUGCGAGCAGGCCCAUUCGGCAAGCGCUCGCCUUCGGCAUGAGUCGUUGUGGGCUCUUAAACAACUUGUGCUCCACGCCAAAAAGAAGCUCAAGCAGGAGGUCGUGGACGAAUUGGGUUGCAGCUGGAUCAAGCUGCUAAUCAAGACGGAUCCCAUCGACAUCCCGGAGGGCGAAGUGAUUGGACUUGUGGAGAGAGACUACCCUCCGAUCACAACAUACAGGCGUUCUGCCGCCUCGGUGGACAACCCCUCAGACGUCCUCAUGGGGGAAGGCUCAGAGCAGGAUGACGAGAAUGAGGAACACGCGAGUGGAGCUUCCGAGACGACAUCCCAGCACACCGGUGGAUUCGACACCAAGCACAGCGUGGACGAUGACAUUCAGAUCCAAGCACAGCUGCUGGAUCUGCUUCGAAACCUUUUCUGCGGCGACAAUGCUUCCGAUCUGGUUAGGUAUGUCAUUGACGAAAUGGGGCAGGACGACUUUUUUCGGAUCAUGCUCGAUCGACUACGGCCACGCACGCUGGCUGGGCCUACGCGGAAGGAGAACUACACAACACCACCGCCGAAUACAAUCGUUGCGAAAGUUCUGUAUGUCUUGGUACAUAUUGCGGCUUGCGAUCCCAAGUGGCGGAACGUGAUCGCCUCCCAACACGCACUGCUCAAGCAAAUCCUGACCUUCUGCAACCACGCAGACCGAGAGAUUCGGUCAACGUGCUGUUGGAUCGCCAUCAACUUGACGUACGAGGACGACGCGAACGAUCGGGCGGGAUGCAGGCACCGAGCCAUCGAGUUGCAAAAGGUCGGCUUCGUCUCGCAUCUGAGGAAGAUGGAAACAGAUCUCGAUCUGGAUGUGCGAGAGCGAGCAAAGACGGCGCUGCACCUGAUGACGAACCUGAAGUUGAUAGCCUAG